UCCUGAGUCUCACAGGAAUCAGAGCCAACAUUGAAGUCUUCACCGUCAUUCCAUAUAUCCCACUUCUCUGUUUUAGCCCGCAAUGCGGUUCAUUACGCUCCUUGCCGUCAUGGUGGGAACUGCCAUGGCUACCCCUUUUAUCAACUUUAUCCGGAGCACUCCCAACGAAUACACCCAGGCCAAACCUGGAAGUGUUGAAAACAUCAUCAUCACUGAUGAGAACACGCUCAACGGUACGGACAACCGAGAUGCCACUAACGGACGGAUGAUGGACCCCGUUGCGGGCCACCUCCCCCUGAACUUGGUCAACAACUUCGCCGGCGGGCCCCUCAACGCCUAUAUCUCCGGCCAAGACUCGAACGGGCGUGUCGUCUUCCUCAGAAGGGACGGCGGUCUUCACUAUCCCACUUCGGGCGGCUCCCUCAUCCCCAUCCCCGUCAACCACGACGAAAUCGCCAUCCCCCUGCCGAGACGGGGCCAGACGCUCACCAUCACCCUCCCCAUCGCCAUGAGCUCGGGCCGCAUCUACUUUUGCGAGGGCGACCUCCGCUUCUUUAUGGUCUGGACCGGCUGGGGUGACGGCCUAGUACAGCCUUCGAUUGUCAACCUUCAAGAUCCCAGCGCCGGGCUUAACUGGGGCUUCGUAGAGCUGACCCUCACCACCCGGGGCGUCAUCUGGGCCAACAUCAGCUUCGUCGACUACGUCGGUCUCGCCGUAGGCAUGGUCCUCCGCAGCCUGAGCGGGACGGUCCAGGAGGUCCUCGGUCUCCGCUCCACGGCACUCGAAAGCAUCUGCGCAAAUCUCGGGAGACAGGGCCAGGUCGACGGCCGCCCGUGGGCCGCGCACUGCAUCGUCCGCGGCGGCAGGCUGCUCCGCGCGCUUUCGCCGAAGGACUACGCCGACAUCGACCCCACUGCCUUCGAGGACUACUGGACGGGGUACGUCGACGCGGUGUGGGAGCACUACAGGCACAACACGCUGCGCGUCAACCUCCAGAAUGAGCUCGGCGUGGUGGCGUGCCGCGUCAACUACCGGGACGAGCUCGCGUGCGAGGGAGACAGCCGGCCGUACGGGAAACCCACCGCGGGUGAUAUCUGGGGGUGCAACUCGGGUCCGUUCACCGUCUGGGAGUCCGAUAACGGUGUCCAUAGAGCCGUGGUGCCGCGACUUUGCGCCGCUUUCACGCGCACCACGCUCCUUCUCCCCGGGGGGGAUUACCAGCCCGGUCUGGACGCCGAGCACUACUACACGAGGAGUCCAACUUCACACUAUAGCCGCAUUGUCCACGAGCAUGUGAUUGGUGGGAGGGGCUACACUUUUCCCUAUGACGAUGUCAACCCUGACGGCGCGGAGGAUGCUGCUGGUUUGAUUACCUCUCCAGAUCCCGAAUCUCUGACAUUCUUCGUCGGUGGCGCGGAGGUCCGUAGUGGCUGAGCAUUGUGAAUAUGACACCAGACAAUAUCAGAUCACAUUAUGCGUACCACUUUACUCAACGACAUAUGAUCAUCUGCUGCGCAUACAUGAGUUAGGACACAAUGAUGAGAUGGGCACGAGGCUCCCGUAUAUAAGGCAGCUAGUCCGUGUGAUCAGUGGACGGGGCUGAUGACGAUAUUCAGCUGCA